AUGGACGCGAGACCGGAGACGUACGUCGUUGAGUCCGCUGCCUUGGGCGCUGGUCCGAGUGAGUUGCUGGAAACAGUCCGUCCAUCGACGUCCUGGUACACUCGAUCGACACUCGCGUGA